AUGAAUUAUCUAAAUCAAUUUUGUCGCAAUGGCGUCCUUUGGUCUCUACUGACCUGGGCAUCUUUCUCGUCGCCCACAGUCUCGGCUCGUUCCACGUCCGAGUCCGUGACUGUUCAACCAUCAGCACCUCUUCCUCCGAGCCAAGAUCCUUGGUACAGUGCUCCAUUUGGCUUCGAGUUCCACCCACCGGGAGCCAUACUGCGACUGAGAAAAGCCGCCGGAAACCUAUCAGACAUCACAGGUAACUGUUCAGGGGUCUACAAUAUUCUUUAUCGCACCACGGACAGUCGUUAUCAACCUUCUUGGGCGGUGACAACGCUUUUCUCGCCCUCUAAGCAAUUAUCAUCCAACCCAGCUUUGCUUUCUUAUCUAAUUCCUUACAACACAAUUAAUGUCGACGCCAGCCCAAGUUACUCGCUCUACAGUAGUCCACCUUCUGGAGCAGGGCCCUCCGACGGCGCAGCCUUUGAAAUUGUCGAUAAUUCGCUUACUGAUAUCGGGAAUGCUCUGGGACGAGGCUGGUUCGUUACAGUCCCUGAUUUCGAGGGCCCCUUGGCAGCCAAUGUUGCUGGAAUUCAAGAAGGCCACGCAACGAUUGAUUCUAUACGUGCCUCUUUAUCUUCCGGCUUUGGUGUCGACCAUAAGUCUCGGGUGGCUCUUUGGGGGUAUUCGGGAGGGUCCAUAGCAAGUGAGUGGGCAUUGGAAUUACAAGAACAAUAUGCCCCUGAACUUCAAAUACACGGUGCCGCCCUUGGGGGCUUGGUUGCCAACAGCACUCGUUGCAUUGAUGUGGUUGAACGAACGCCUUUUGCUUAUAUUGCUGUUGGGGCCAUGAUCGGUCCUUUGAUACAGUACCCAGAGGCAUACGAUCGUCUGGUCAGUCAAUUGAAAACGUCAGGUCUCCAUAACAAAACCGGAUUUCUAGCUGCCAGAAAGAUGUCAGCUACACAAGGGUUUGCCGCUUUCGCCAACCAGAGUAUUUAUGACUACUUCGUCAACGGAAGUGCAGUGCUCCACGAUCCCCUUAUCAGACAGAUCCUUUUGGAGAAUGAGUUCAUGACCUACCAUGGGGUUCCACGGUCGCCUGUGUUCGUUUACAAGGCGAUAAAAGAUGAGGCGACCCCUAUACAAGAUGCGGAUUAUUACGUCAAUCGUAACUGCAUGCUUGGAGCAAAUAUAUUAUAUGAGCGAAAUACCGUCGGCGGGCACCUAGAUGAGAUGGUUAAUGGGCUUCCACGCGCCGUGGCCUGGCUUGAAAGUGUGCUUGACGGGUCAUAUCCCGAUCGCGACUCCCCUAAUACCCCCGAGCUCGGCCCCAUACGCUCCUUCACCUCGGAAAAUUGGCAGAUAUUCUUUGACCAAGGAAUCUACUUCAUUCGCAACUGGGAUUAUAACUCUACAUACCAGCUAGGUCUCACAAACGAACAGCCCGUCACGCCACAGCUACUGGCUACCGGGCCGGGUUUGGGGAUGCAAUGGAACCUGACGAUGGGAGAGAGCGGAUGGAUAAUGCGCAAUAUGUUGCUUGGCCCAGUCGACAUGCUCGGGUUGGACAUGAGCGCUCUGAGCCACACAGUACCGGUGAUGAACACCGAUUUAACAGGGGCGGAGUGGUCAAUCGACAUCAACACCUCUGCUGGGAAAAUUACCGAUCCGGAUAUGCUAACAGUCUUUUCAUCGCUGCCAGUCGUGGUGGGUUGUGUUGCAGGCGCUGCCAUCGUCCUCGUGAUUAUGUUCUUCAUAAUCCGACGACGACGACAAAAACUUCAACAUCGCGAGCGAAUUCCUGAUGCUUCUAUGGCAAAUCCACGCCAGUUAGAUGGCGACGGCCGGCAGACCAGCGCAGCCCCGGGCGAUCCCAUCUACGCUGAGGCAUCUGCUCACAAGGGCGCGACUGAGCUGUCGGGAAAUACGGUGGCUGAGCUGUCAGGGGAGAACAAAAUUGGAUGA